GCUCUAAGCUGCUGGGGCGCCCACCCUCAAAGCAGGAGCCGGAGCCAGGAGACGGCGCUGGAACCCAUGGACACGUCGUAUCCCCGCGAGGACCCCCGGGCCCCGACGCCCCGCAAGGCCGACGGCGCCCACACGGCCCUCACGCUGGGGGCGCCGCGACCCCCACCUCGAGACCACCUGAUCUGGUCGGUGUUCAGCACCCUCUACCUGAACCUGUGCUGCCUCGGCUUCCUGGCGCUGGCUUACUCCAUCAAGGCCCGAGAUCAGAAGGUGGCUGGAGACCUGGAGGCAGCCCGGCGUCUCGGCUCCAAAGCCAAGUGCUACAACAUCCUGGCCACCAUGUGGGCAUUGGUGCCACCUCUGCUGCUCCUGGCGCUGGUGGUGACCGGCGCCCUGCACCUGUCCCGGCUGGCAAAGGGCUCCGCCGCCUUCUUCAGCACCAAGUUCGACGACUCAGACUAUGACUGACAGGCUAGGCCCUGUCCCCGUCCUGACCCAGGGACCCCUUGGGACUCCGACCGUCUUACAGGAACCCCCCUGCCAAGCCUGGACACCUAACGCUGACCCUGAAGAGCCCCCAUUUGGACCCCAGUGGCCCUACCCUAACCUACUCCCCAGUUCCUUAACUUCUGGCCCUUAGUCCAGACCCUCCCUCCCCACUCCCACUUACCAGGCUCAGCCUCGGUUUCACAAUUAAAAGCGUCUGGUUC